AUGAACUUUCACUUAUGUGAGGGCGGACCUAAAGCGACUUCAUCCAAAACAUUGAGGAUCUUCCUUGCUGUUAUUUUCAAACCACUGUUCUUGAAAUUUGGCAACUUUUCAAAGGUUGCGUUAAUUUGGCUGAAUGACACACUUGUGUAUCCCUCGCCAAUGACCGUCCAAAAUGAUGUUUUUCGUCAGUUAUACAAAUGUCACGGUGUUGACUUUGACCUUUCAAGAGGUGGCAAAGACAGCCUACUCUUACAGAUACCGAAGACGCGAUCAACUUUGAGUUUAUUAACUCUAUCUCAAAAUCAGCUUGAAAGAGUUAAUAUUAUCUCUGAAUUACGUGAUGGUGAAAAUGUACUUGUUAAUGAUUUAAAAAUAGUUGUUUAUAAACAUCCAUUAGAAAAGUUAGGAAUACUUACCUCAACAGAGAUAUACCAACUUUUUUAUACCAUUGAAUCAGUUAUACCCAUAUUUGAAAGGUUAAUAAAUGAUAUUUCCUUGGAAUUUAAUAAAUCUUUUGGUCUGCCGGUUAUAGGAACGAUCUUAUCUAUCUGGUUAGGUGUCGAUAUGUUAUUGACAGAGCCGUCAUCGAAAUAUCUUGAUUUUAGUCAAAAUUGGUAUUCAUUAACAUCGAGAUACAUUCAUUCCGUUUGUGAGAACUAUGUGAAUACAAUGCCGUCAUCAAUUAAAAUUCUCCUGGAUUAUUCAGUUCACUUAUAUGAAGCUCGUAAAUAUUUCGAUGCUUUACGCCAAAAAAAGCCUGCUUUCACUGACUUUCUUUCGCGGUGUUCACAGACAAAUUUCAGUAAACGUUUGGAUUUAUGGCAUUUUUUAGAAUGUCCUAAAACCAGACUGAUUCGAUAUCCCCUGCUACUUGAUCGGUUGAUCAAACUGACACCAACAUCAGAUCCUGAAUUCAGUCAUCUGCUUAUUGUCCGAUCAGCAUUCACUUGUAUUGCUCAAGAAUUAAAUCGUAGAAUUGGUUCAGCUAUGCGUGAUUUAUACUUGGAGCAUAUUGAAUUCAAUUUGGCUUCAGAGUAUAAAGCUAUGAUAUGGAGUCAAAAAUCAUUGUUAUUGAAAGGCAAUCUACAUGCUAAUAUUGGUGAAGUAACAGUUUUUAUUUUUCCUGAACUUUUGGUUGUAACAACAAGUAUACGACCUGAAGAACAAAAUAAUAAUAAUAAUGAUCGAUCAACAUCACAUUUCUUCUAUAGUGGUUCUCCACGUCAGACUAGAAAUUCCAGUACUACUUCUAUUCUUAAUAACUCUCCAUUUGGAAGUAUCGCCCCACUGCCGCUACCACAGCUGCCGCCGCCACCACCACCACUCUAUCAAGUAUCCUGUGCUCAGCCUAGAUUUGGACAUCAUCGAUGGUCUUUACUUCCAUCGUUAAAAUCACAUCUUCCGCCUGAUUUAGAUAAUGUUCACUCUGCACCAAUCAGUUCAUCUAGUCAACCGUCAAAAUUUACACGACUCUUUAGACGUUUGUCAUCUAUUAUUGCAUCGUCAUCAUCAUCAUCACUAUCACCACCGAGGCCUCUGUCUACAGUGGUACAACCAGAAAUCAUUAAAAAUAUAACAGCGACAAGAUUAUCAAAUUUUUUCAUUUCAGAAGAUGAUACAGUAUGCCUUGAACGUUAUCGUAUCUGUUAUCCACCUUUAAUAUUAAAAGAUUAUAUUUUAGAAGAUAUGAGCGAUGAUGAUAAUCGAUCGAGUAUAUUGAAGUUACCUUUCUCUUUUGAGAAAUCUCGACGUAAUUUAUUCAGAUUAUAUCCAUAUAAUGAAUAUUGCAAACGACGAUCUGUAAAACACGUGAUAAAAGGAAUAAAUUCCCUACAUUCAUCACAUCAACGUCAUUUAUCUAUUGUAAAUUGUCAAACAAAACGAUCUACAACUUGGUCAUCUUCACCAUUAAAGACUGGCACAACAACAGCAACUACCACUACUGAUUCUGUUACUAAGAAAGCUACUAUACUCUUCUCAGCAAAAUAUGUUAAAGUCAAACCAAAAGAGUACUUGUUUCAAGCAUCUAGUUUAGAGGAUAAAUUAUUUUGGAUAUCUACGCUAUCACCACUUGUUCAUAGUGUUUUAAAAACGAAUCAUGCAAAUAACACAUGUCACUUAUGAUGAUUAAUUGUGUUUGUGAAUGAUCUCUUUACUAACUUUCUUUUCUGUUCACCUUACAGGCUAAUUAAGUAAGUAAGUAAGUAUUCCUUACAAGUAGUCAUAAGUUGGUUUCUCUUACACAUUUGAGAGUCUUCUGUGAUGUGUCCUCGACUUCCUUCUUUUCAACAGUAUCGUCAUCAUCAUCGGCAUCGACAUCAUCUUCUGUCUUCUACCUUAAAGGCAAUGCAGAGUGGAGACUAGCAAAUGUUGUCUUAUCUGAUAUAUGUGUACAUGUAUGUAUGUAUUAUACGAUAGAUUUUACUUUUUUUUUGUUAUUUUUACUGUCUACUUCUAUAUACUACUUAUUACAUACUACUUACAUACUUAAAAUGAUGUGUGGACAACGAAAUACAAGUGCAGUUUGUUUAAUAACUAACUAGUUAAAUUAUGAACUAACUAACUAUGUCUAUCUUCGCGCAUGUUAUGUAUUACUGUCAGUGUUGUUUUACUUUUUGGAGUCAUUCAAUCAAUGAAGGGUAUUCAUUCAUUCACGCAUUCAUUACAGUAAUAAUUAUUCAAUUAAUUAGUAUUUUAUUUUUUGGUUUUCUUCUUUAUUUCCUUUUGUUUUGUUUUUUGUAAUUAUAUCUAAUUUAAUCAUCACUAGUCUUUCAUGUAUAUGUAUGAUUUUUGAAGAGUCAUAUCAUAGUAAAUAAUGUGUUGAUUGGUAGUCAUUAUAAUGACGGAAUGAGAGAGUACACACUACUUCUAAUAAGUAGUAUAUUAUAUUAUUACUCUAUGUGAUUAUGAUUAUUUAUUGACACUCUUGUUUACUUGUAUUUAUUUCUUUACCAAUGAGAAUAGUGUUAAAUCAAGGUAUGAUGUCAGAUCUGUAGUUAAUCAGAUCAGAAUUACAUAAUCUUCUAUCUGGAAUGUCAUAUCUAUGUUUUUUGUCGAAAUGAAAAAGGCGUCAAAUAUACAAGAUUAAAAUUCUGACUAGUAUUCAGUCAUUGUGAUAUCUCUGUUUUAAAUGUUGUUAAUAAUAAUGACAAGAAUAACUACUAUUAAAUAGUAAUAUAAUUAGUAUUCUCUCGCCCACCCUACCCCGCCUUAAUUCCACUUUGUAUCGGGGUGGGGUGUGUGUGUGUGUGUGCUAAGGGAGAUUUUUUAUUCUGACACAUAAUGCAUUUGCUUUACUCCUUCUUUCCAUCUCUUCUGUCCGUCUUUUAUUCCGGCCUUUUUUUGGCUUUCAGUGUGUUAUUUUCUAAUUCUUAUGCUGUGACUUUGAAAUUCCCAUAUUGGAUAUUAUGCUAAUUGGCAUAAAUCAACAUUCAUUGCCUGAUAGGCAGUCUGCAUUUGUUUCCCCUUUGUAUGUGUGUGUUUGUGUGUGUGUGUGUGUGUGUGGUGCCGUGUACAAAGUUAGAGAGCUGUAGUCGUAUUUUCACUACUUAUUAUAUAGAUUAUAAUUGCUAUUAUUAUUAUUAUUAUUAUUGGUAUUCUUCGUAGUCUUUAUUUCAAAGAAAAAGAGGAUAAUUUUUAACAAUUUUUCUCGUUUUUCUUCUCCUCCAGGGGCGAAUUUCCAUCACUGAUUGUUUUUCUUUCAGAAAUUUCUUCUUCUUUAGUCUUAGUUUACAUCUAUUGUUUGCAUUUCCUGAAAUACCUUCACUUUAUCUGUUCACUUUCCCGUCCUUCUUCUCUCCUCCUUCUUUUUUGUUGUCAUCGGUUGAUUAUUUGUCAAGAGUUCAGAAUAAAUGCGUGUCAUGUAUGCAUUACUGUUAGUAUGGU